AUGCCCUUAAAACUCAAACCCAAACCCCCCUCCCACACAAGCAUCCGCACCUCCCCCCUCGAAGUCCUCCAUCUCAGCAUGCCACGCACCGGCUCCGUCUCCAUGAUGGCCGCCUACCAAAUCCUCGGUCUGCGCACGUACCAUGGCUUCGACUUCGUCGAGCGCACUAGCGACCAGGUGCAAUGGGAGCGAGCCAUUGAUGCGAAGUUCUACGGCAAGGGCAAGCCGCUAGCGCGUGAGGACUUCGAUGCGUUCCUGGGCGACUUUCACGUCCUGUCGGAUAUGCCUGUUAUUGGGUUUUCGGAGGAGUUUGUGGAUAUGUAUCCGGAGAGAGCUGGAACUCCGCGAUUGAAAUUGAAACGGAGGGGUCCACAUCGAGCGCAAAGCAUUGAUACAAAGCGCACCGCACAGGCCAAAGUAAUCCUCGUCGAUCGCGACAUCGAAAAAUGGUACCACUCCUUCAGCACCUACGUCCUCUCCGCCGGCUACACCUGGACCGUCCUCUUUAUCCGCUACAUGCUAGACCCCUUCCUAGCCGCUCGCCCCGCAACACUAAUGGUCAAGCUUGAAUAUGCCAUGUUCAACGCCUCAAAUCGCGCAGGCCUGUACCGCAAUGCGAAGGACACAUAUCGCAGACACUAUGCGAUGAUCCGCCGCAUUGUGCCCCAGGAGCGGCUGCUGGAGUAUAAGCUAGGCAGUGGCUGGGAGCCGUUGUGUAAGUUUUUGGGCAAGGAGGUGCCGGGGCCGGAGGUGGAGUUUCCGUGUUUGAAUGAGAGCAAGGAGUUUGCGAAGCUUAUGAAGAGGGUGCAGUAUGAUGUUAUGAUGAAGGGGUUGAGAUGUAUAGUUGGUUCACCGUUUAUCCUGGUUCCGCUGGUGGUUGGGGUGGCAGCUUGGGUGUUUGCGAAGCGUGACUUAAUGGAUAGGGGCCAGUUGCGCUUUUGA